AUGACGGAUGAAGAACAAACCCGGCGAGCCGCCGCCGAGCAUACCUCGGAGACGACGCCUCUGCUCAAUGGCACCACCACCAACGGCACCAUCCCCGGGUCCGCCGCCGCCAACGAUGACGAGACCACCGUCGUCGCCGAGACCGUCUCCGGCGCCCGCCUGGCCCUCAUUCUGGGCACAUCGUACUUUGGCGUCUUCCUCGGCGCCAUCGACAGCACCAUCAUUGCCACCCUCUCCGGCCCCAUCUCAAGCGAGUUCAAGUCCCUGAGCCUCCUCAGCUGGCUCGCCACCGCCUACCUCAUCUCCAAUGCCGCUUGCCAGCCCAUCUCCGGCCGCCUGACCGACAUCUUCGGCCGCGGGCCCGGUCUCGUCUUCAGCAACCUCUUCUUCGCCGCCGGCAACCUCAUCUGCGGCCUUGCCACCUCUCAGUCCGCCAUCAUCUUCGGCCGCGUCGUCGCCGGCGUCGGCGGCGGCGGCCUCAUGUCCAUUUCCACUUUCCUCGGCUCCGACCUCAUCCCCCUGCGCCAGAGGGGCGUCUAUCAGGGCAUCGGGAACAUCGCCUACGGCUCCGGCGCCAUGCUCGGCGGCGUCUUCGGCGGCCUCAUUAACGACCACACCGCCAUGGGCUGGAGGCUUGCCUUCCUCGUCCAGGUACCCCCCGUCCUGCUGUCCGCCGUCCUCGUCGCCGUCCUCGUCAAGGUGCCCCCCAAGGCCUCCGACAAGUCCUACCUGGCCCGCAUCGACUUCUUCGGCGUCUUCCUGACCAUCUCCUUCCUUGUUCUGCUGCUCCUCGGCCUCAACGCCGGCGGCAACCUGGUCCCGUGGUCUCACCCUCUGCCCCUUACCACCAUCCCCCUCUCCAUCGUCGCCUUUGUCGCCUUCCUCGUCUGGGAGACCAAGGUUAAGCAGCCUAUCAUCCCCGUCCGCCUGCUGUAUAACCGCACCAUCCUCGCCGCCUGCCUGACCAACCUCCUGUGCACCAUGGUCAUGAUGAUGGCCAUGUUCUACGUGCCGCUGUACCUCCAGGUCAACGGCCUCUCAGCCACCCAGGCCGGCCUCCGCAUCCUGACCUCCCCCGUCGGCGUCUCCAUCAUGUCCCUCAGCGCCGGCUACAUCAUGAAGCGCACCGGCAAGUACGUCGUCCCGGGCAUCUGCGCCCUCAUCCUCUUCAACACCGGCAUCAUCAUCCUCACCCAGUUCAACGAGGAAACCCCGGCCUGGGUCAACUACGUCGUGUUUUUCCUCGUCGGCGGGGGCUACGGCGCCAUGCUGACCAUCACGCUGCUCGGCUGCAUCGCCGCCGUUGACCAUUCUCAACAGGCAGUCAUAACUUCAGCGACAUACUUGGCCCGGAGUCUCGGGGGCACCAUCGGCAUCACCAUCGGCUCCGCCGUUUACCAGAACGUGUUGCGGAACAGGCUCUGGGACCGGUUUGGGGACUACCCCGAUGCCGCCGAGAUCAUCCGCCGCAUCAGGGACGAUCUCGACGAGCUGAAGAACCUGCCGCCCGGGUGGAAGCCCGGCGUGGUAGACUCCUUCAUGGAGGCUUUUGGUAGCGUUUGGUACACCAUGCUCGGCCUGUCCAUCCUCGCCCUCGUCUUCAUCUCCUUGAUGAGGCAGCACGUUCUGCACUCGACCCUGGAGAGACGGUGA